AUGGCACUAAGCCUCAACAGCUUGCCCACGGACGUCUUGCGUAAGAUCUUCCGAGCUGUGGCCGAUCCGCUCCAGCCUGCCGGCGCCGGCGCGCUAGCCAGCACCUGCGGCGAUAUCCACCACGCUGUCCGAAGCCGCGCCGCUGGCGCCGACCGCUCAGAGGUGGAGCGGCUGCGCCUGUGGUGGGGGCGAGCGACAGCGCUGUGUGGAGCGAAUCGGAUGACGCGCGCACAGUUGGAUGCGGAGACGCGCUUUGAUGUGGCGAUCGAGCCUGGCGAUGGUCGGGAAGGAGUCAUGAUGUGGAGCCGCUUCCACUGGAUGCCUUUUGCCGCCGCCGACGCCGCCAUCCUCGGGCACCUGAUGGCACGCGGCUCGGUCGAUCGCAUUGCGGUGCUCAAUCUGAUGUGUGCUUCCCUUGAACCGGGAGACAUGCAACCAAUCCUGAAUGCGCUCUCCGGCGGUGCUCUGCCUCGGUUGCACUCUCUUCUCCUCAACGGCAACAGCCUCGGCGACCGCUUCUGCAUGAGCUUGGCCGCUUCUGCACGAGCGGCGGGCGUGCUGCAGGCUCUGAGGUUCCUCAACAUGUGCUUCAAUGGCAUCACGGGCAAAGGUGUGACUGCUCUGGCGGGCGCGCUUGCUCAGGGUGCGUUGCCACGGCUGUCAACUCUCGACCUCAGGUGCAACCAGGUCGACGACGCUGGUGUCGAGGCCCUCGCUGAGAGUGGCAAGCAGGGCUGCCGGGCGCUGUCAAAGCUGUCUCUCGCCCGCAACAGCAUCACACCCGUUGGCAUCGAUGCCUUGGCCGCGGCACUGGACAAGGGUGCCUUUCCGGCUUUGGAGUGCCUUGGCACCGCCACUGGCACUGGCACCGCCACUGGCACCGCGCUAUCUUUUCGCUUUUCCGCACCGGACCUCUUCGACAGCCCCCCGGGCGGCAGGCCGUGUGCUGCAACGCAUCUCCGCAAGCCGAGGCGUUUCAGCGGCCCGGCCGAGGUGUGCGAGGCGCCGCUGCAGCCCGACGCCGUCGUCUGCCCUGCGUGCACACUGCACAACGAGCCGGGCGCCACGGUCUGCGCCUCCUGCGAGCAGCCCGUGUGGCGGUGCAGCGCGUGCACGGACACGGCCGCGCAAAUCGAGGCGGACGGUGGGACGGUGCUCGUCUGCACGCUGCCGUGCCAGCAUCCCGCAUGCGUCGCCUGCCACCGGAGGCACGUGAGCGCGCAGGACGAGCUCGGCCAGCACGAGGUGACGUGCCUGACGUGCGAUGCGCCGCUGGACGAUGCGUCGCUCCGGGCCAUCCUCGGCGACGAUGCCCACGCGAGGCGGGCGGAGCGGCUGCUCGGCCACGUCGGCCGCCUGGUCGACUGCCCGACGCCCGACUGCGGCGCCCGCUUCGAGCUGGAGGCGGGCGUGGCGGAGCGCCCGACGACGUGCAUGCAGUGCGGCCAGCGUGUGGAUGACGACGACGACUGCCACAAGAUGCAAUGCCGCUGCGGCUGCCGGUUCUGCUUCCGCUGCGGCAAGCGGGCAGUGCUGAGCGGCGGCACGUGGCGCAUGGCGUGCCGGUGCAACAUCGAAGACUACGGGGCGGGGCACCGCUUUCCGCGGCCGCCCACGCCGUGA